UCAUUGCCUUCGUUAUGGAUUGCUCUGAGCUAGUGAUGGAAGAGUUAGCAGGGUGGCCUGGAGUGGCUCUUAGCAGGCUGGUGCCAGCUGACACAUGCCACUUAGGUUUCCAAGGAGCCAAGCUGUCCCCACUCACGCAUGGCUGAUGCACUUGUGGCUAAAUGUGGUGCCACCAGGGCCCCGGGCCAGAUUCAGGGCAGGAAAUAGAAUGCCAUCUCCAUCACCAGGGAAACCGUGGCCUGCGUGCAUGAUUUAAACCAGGGCCAACAAAAAAGCUCAAAGGCAGGGUCAGAAGAGGAAGGGAGACCAGAGGGCGGCUUGCAUGGAUUUUGUCUUGGGUUAUAACUGUUGACAAGCCACUUAGCUGCCCACAUGUUUAAGUUUAUCUGCAUAUAAGAUGGAGGUAACAAUAUUUACGCAUCUCACUGGGGACUUAUGAAAACAACAUUUCUGACAGACCACUCAGGAUCCAUGGAUGGAAGGUGGUAUAACAAAGAGGGAGUGGAAGAGAAAGGAGCAAAACCAAAGCAUGCACUGAGCACCAGAGGCGUGCAAGCCGAGCUCAAGGGGCCUUGGGAAGAGAGCCAGAAGGUGGAGCUGCCAGAGGGGACAGUGGAGAGGUUGCCCCCCAUCAGUGCUUCGGGGAUAGGAGCUGACCUCCUUACCCAGGCAGAAGCCUCACCAGGGCAGGGAGACAGAGUUCCUGGCCCAGCCCAGGUACGCCCAGAGGUGGAAGCCAAAGCUCCUGUAACAUCCAGCGAGAACCCCAGGACGGGCCUGGAAUUGUCUGUGGUGUCUGAAAGGGUCAGUGAGGCUCCCACCAGCCAGGAAGCUGCAUCGGGUGCAGGACGAGGAACAUCAUCCAGUAGACCUGACCCUCAGCCCUUGGAGGAGGGCAUGAGGCUGACUCCAGCGCUGCCAGCCCAGGCCAAGUCAGCUCACGGUGGUGGAGAAACACCUCCAAGGAUCUCCAUCCAUGUGCAGGAGACAGACAUCCCUGGGGAGCUACUUGUGACACGAGGCGGCAGCCUCAGAACCACGCCCCCUGCAGAGGCUCUAGCAGCUGCCCAUCCAGGUGAACAGGACUCACCUGGGCCCACGUGCUACCCCCAGGCCCCUGGGACUGAGUCAGGAAAACAUAUCCCAAAAGGAGCUGGGGUGUUUUCCCCACUGUGGAAGCGGAGCAGCGACUGCGGAGCAAAGGCCAAAGAGAAACAGGGAUCUGGGCCUGAGCCCGCCAUGACACCAAGCAGGGCCUGGAGGGACAAGGGAGCCGAUGCCAGGACCCCAGGCCUGCAGCAGGACACAGGCCCAGAAGCAGGGAACCCUGAGCCUGGAAAAGACUACACAGCCAGGGGCACGAGCAGAGCUGAAGCAGGAAGGAGGACACCCCCAGGAGCUGAGGCGGGCAGCCUGUUUCUGGACGACAGUCCAGCCCCGCCAGCCCCCUUCGAGCAUCGGAUGGUGAGUGUGAGGGAGACCUCGACCUCAGCGGGCUACACAGUGUGCCAGCACGAAGUCCUGGGAGGGGGCCGGUUUGGCCAGGUCCACAGAUGCACGGAGAAGGCCACGGGCCUCUCGCUGGCGGCCAAGAUCAUCAAAGUGAAGAGUGCCAAGGACCGGGAGGAUGUGAAGAACGAGAUCACCAUCAUGAACCAGCUCAGCCAUGUGAACCUGAUCCAGCUCUACGAUGCCUUUGAGAGCAAGAACAGCUUUACCCUUGUCAUGGAGUAUGUGGAUGGGGGUGAGCUCUUUGACCGGAUCACAGAAGAGAAGUACAACCUGACUGAACUGGAUGUGGUGUUGUUCACCAAGCAGGUCUGCGAGGGUGUGCAAUACCUCCAUCAGCAGUACGUCCUGCACUUGGACCUCAAGCCUGAGAACAUACUGUGUGUCAAUCAGACGGGACACCAAAUUAAGAUCAUUGACUUCGGGCUGGCCAGAAGGUACAAGCCUCGGGAGAAGCUGAAGGUGAACUUUGGCACUCCCGAGUUCCUGGCCCCAGAAGUCGUCAAUUACGAGUUUGUCUCGUUCCCAACGGACAUGUGGAGUGUGGGAGUCAUAACCUACAUGCUGCUCAGUGGUUUGUCGCCAUUUCUAGGGGAAACGGAUGCAGAGACCAUGAAUUUCAUUGUGAACUGUAGUUGGGAGUUUGAUGCUGACACCUUUGAAGGCCUGUCAGAGGAGGCCAAGAACUUUGUCUCCCGGUUGCUGGUCAAAGAGAAGAGCUGCAGAAUGAGUGCCACACAGUGCCUGAAACAUGAGUGGUUGAAUAACUUGCCUGCCAAAGCUUCUAAAUCGAAAGUUCGUCUUAAAUCCCAACUAUUGCUGCAGAAAUACAUGGCUCAGAGGAAAUGGAAGAAACACUUCUACGUGGUGACUGCUGCCAACAGGUUAAGGAAAUUUCCACCUUGUCCCUAAUCCUCAACUCUGCUGCUCCCAUGGGCCCAGAAAUUACUGAGACUUGUGGUGAAGUCAUGACUGAAGAUUUUUAAUAAUCUGGCCUUCUACUUAUUUUGUAAAAAAAGGUUAUGGCUGUUGCCUUCCUUGUGGAUGAAAAGUGGCUGUAAAGAGACUGACCUAAGAACUUUUUUCUGCCUUAUAAGAUCAGUUGAAAUGCUGGGAUUACUUUUCAAGUGUACCUACUUUUGGCGAUAAGUGUAGGCAUGCUUUAGGUAGGUAGGAAAGCUUCUACUUUGCAUAUGUCAAAUUUAAUGUCUAAGCUUACUCUGAUUAAAGAACCCAGUGGACUAUCACGCAGGGCAUGUUAGUAUUACCUCCUCCAGUGCAAAGAAUUCCUAGCAUUUUGACUUGCUCAGGUGUGAGCUGACAUUUUGUACUACAUUUGUUGCUCUAGUGUGAAGCAACGUGGAUUCAGGGCAGAGAUCCUCAAACUUGUUUUAACGUGUGCUCCUUUUUGAGAAUCAAAACAUGCAUCCUUUAAUAUUCUUUGAAAUUUCAAAAUGUACUGACUGUCAUGGCUAUAUCAGAGUAAUGAUAGUUUUGAAUAAGCUUUUAAAAUCUGUACAUACCUCUACCCUCUCCUAAUUCUGCCCUGUCCUGACAUUGGCAGUCUCCCUCCUGAUCUCUCUUCCACAGUUAUGAAUCUAUGGUCUAGUAAGUCUGGGAACUGAUAUGUAAUAUGUGAAAGAGAGAUAAGAAUGUAAUGAUGUUCAGCUUUCUGAGAGAAACACAGAAAUGAUGCAUCAAGAGAAAACAAAUGCAAACUGCUCUCGUACUGUUUUAUCAGGUAUAUACCCAUCACUUAACUAACUUCAAGAAAUUAUUAACAAGGAGUAAUUAUUCAAAAGGAAACAAUCCUUUUAAUUUCCUUAGUUGUAAGGAAGUUUUUUGCUAUUCUCAUGACCUUCUUGGGCCAGAAGUUUUUAGUUACUUUUAAUUUUUAAUUAGCCAUGCAACAGUUUCACAGCCUUUCAGGACUUUUGUCCCAUAAUAAAGACUUUUUUUUAUUGUGGGGAGAGAGGCAGAAGAUGGAGAUAUUAAUCCUCCUAGAAGAUGGAGAUAUUAAUCCUCCUGCUGCAUUUCUUCGGUUAUAACUUUCCUCUGGAACACUAACCCCUGUUGGGAAGCUAAGAUUUUCAGUAUCAGCACAUCUAGGCCUGCUUCAAGCUUGUCAGCUUGUGGAUGAAUAUCAGAAGAGAUGGCUGCUGGAAACCUCCCUUUCGUGGGCCAGUAACAGUGAUUUGGUAAAAUGCUUUAUUUUUAAGGUGUUCUGAAGGCAGCCUCCAGAAGGAGCUAUAGAGGAUAUCUAUAGUUCCAUCUAUAGUAUGGUGAUUCUUCCCUUCCAUGGGACUUCACAUUCUUGGGGGAAUGCUAUAAAUCUUCUCCCCAGAAAAAUGUAGUUAGUUAUCCUGAUCUAGAGCACCACUCCCUCAUGGAAAUAUAAUAUGAGCCAUAUACAUAAUUUAAAAUUUUCUGAUAGCUUCUCUAAAAAUACCCCGGUAAAAUUAAUUUUAAUAAUUUAUUUAACAUAUCAAAACCUAUUUUAAUAUGUAAUCAAUAUAAAAAUUAUUGAAUUUUUUUCAUACUAAGUCUCCAAAAUCUGGUGUGUAUUUUACACUUAAAAUACAUGCCAGUUCAGAUUCUAGAUUUUUAUCAGACAUACAAUUUGUAUUUAGAUUUCAUAAAAUUUACUGUGGAAAAAUAUAGUCACAUAUUCAAGUUGUUCAAGCAUCUUAAAUAUUUUCUAGUAUUUUUAUGAUUAAUUAAAAUGAAAUAAAAUUAGAAAUACAGUUGCUUUAGCCACAUUUUAAGUGCUUAAUAGCCACAUAUGUUUAGUGGCUUCUAUAUAAGACAGGGCAGAUCCAGAGAAAAUCCGAUAGCUAUCAAAUUUUAAUUUUUCCCCCUAUAUGCUGUUAUUCUCUACCUAGAGAAACUUUUCAACAAAGUUCCUUUGAGGGAUUUGUUUAGACCAGGCCCACACAAGUGAGAGGUACUGCAGAAGUUAGCUUCCCUUAUUUGAAAGGCGAGGGAGCUUUUAUGAAACUUUAAUUUUCUCGAUAUUUUUAGUUCUCUGCUGGUGUGUACUUGAAAAUUUUUUAGAUUGCAACUUUGCUAGCAUUAACUAUUUCAAACGGGACUUUUUAAUUUGAAUGAACAGUCAUUGAAAACUGGGAAAUCAAUGAUACUCCAAUAUAAAAUAAAAAUUAAAUUUAAAAAAAUGAAAGAAAACUGCUGGGCAGAGGAACUCUGAAAGGUAGUCAGGACCCACUUUUUUCACCUAUCAGAUUUGGUGAGGGUGUGGGGAAGAUGGAAUUUUUCACUUUUGAUGAAUAUGUAUCCAAAUAAAAGUCAUGCCCAUACUUUCACCCGGCAAUUCCAUUUCUAGAAAUUUAUCCCUCAGCAAUACUUGAACAAGCGGACAGAGAUGUAUGCAAAGUGACCUUUACUGUAGCAAAAUGGCCCAUAUAGGUUGAAAACAACCUAUAUGUGUGCCUAUCAGCAAGGGUUUAAAUUUUGCCACAUACAUAUGGAAGGUUACCUUGUAGCCAGUAAAGAUAGAUCUUGAUGUACUGAGUUUUAUUAUGAAAAAAAUUAUAGAACAUAUAUAUGGUAUUAUCCCAUUUAUGGAGAGACAUGCUUAUAUGUGCAUUAAACUUUUCUAGGUUAUGCAAGAAAGUUAACAGUGUGGUGUAGAAAGUGGGUGAUGGGGAGAGAGGGAAUUCUACUUUUCACUUUAUUACUUUCUAAAUCAUUUGAAUUUUUUUUUUAACAAUGAGCAUGUAUUGCUUUUAAAAUUAAAAAUUAGCAACCCAC